UUUUGCUUCUGAGUAACUCUUCUUCGUAACUCAUUGGUGAAUUGACAGUUUGCUUCAAUGUUAUACCCUUUCCUCAAAGCACAUGCUAUAAAUUAGCCACUGAUGACAGGCCCACCACUUUGUUAAAGGAAAAGUGUAACAUCUAUCACCAGACAAGAAAAAAGUGGAAGGGUGUUUGAGACACUGAUUUAUGGAAGAUUUCUUCGACGUUCUUGUAAUUCAGUGUUCUGCAAGAGACUCUUAACGAUACACAAAGGACCAACACUUCAGAUUAUAAAAAAGCAGGAAAAAAAACAACAGUAAUAAAAACAGUCGAAAUGGAUUCAGUUAAAUACAAGCAGAUGACGAACGAUUCAAAUGUGACUCUUUCUGGCACGUUUCUCGACGAGAAUUCAACUAGCAUCAUGGACGCUUCCAAUUUUUCUUCAAAUUCCACAGGCAGUGGUCACGGGCUGCAGGGUGGACUGAUGCAUUUCUCAGAAGUUUACAAAAACAUUCAUGGCGGACUCGCAGUGACAAUUUGUAUAUUUGGGAUCGUGGCGAAUAUAUUGAAUAUCAUAGUGUUGACAAGAAAAAGUAUGCGGACGUCCACGAAUUUCAUUCUGACAGCCUUAGCGGUGUCCGACGGCUUAACAAUGGCGGCAUAUCUUCCCUUUGCGCUCCAAUACUACUGUGUAUACGGUACAAACCCCAGCCUGGAGCGAGAUACGCUGGCUGCGGCACAGUUCUUGUUGUUUUACGCUAAUUUCAGCGUCACAGUUCACACGGUGUCCGUCUGGCUCACUGUUACCCUGGCCGUGUUCCGCUACCUGUACAUUGGCUGGCCGCGACACGGUCAAGUCCUCUGCAGCAUAGAACGCGCCAAAAUGGCGAUCGGACUGAAUUAUUUCCUGUGCCCUGUGUUCUGUAUACCCAAUUAUAUUACCCUCGGGAUCUCCAAUAACAGCGGCUACUGGGGGGUGGAGACCAAGUCCGAGCCUGCCUAUCAAAUGACCAUCCGGACUUUCUACUUCUGGGAGCACGCUUUUCUCUUAAAGCUCAUCCCGUGUUUUAUUUUAACAAUCAUGAGUAUAUUGCUGGUCAAAGGGAUGAAAGAUGCGGAGAAAAGACGCCUGAAACUCGGAGGCCACAACCAAACCAACAACGUGAGCCGGAUGAACCAGAACGUCCGCGGCAAAAAGACCAACCGUACGACCCGGAUGUUGCUGGUGGUCGUCAUCCUCUUCGUCAUCACUGAACUACCGCAGGGGAUUCUAAACCUCAUCUCUGGCCUGGACAGUGAGGUGUUCCAAAACGUUUACACCCCUCUUGGUGACUUAAUGGACAUCAUAGCGCUGACCAACAGCGGUAUUAAUUUCAUUCUGUACUGUACAAUGAGUAAACAGUUCAGAACUACUUUCAUCGAACUGUUCUUUAAACCGCUGCAAGACGAGGCCAGAAAGUUCACCAUCGUGGCGACGAAUGAGCUCACACUGGCUGGUGACGGAAGUUCCGAUGUAUGACGUCAUAUCGUGACUAUUUUCCGAUAAAGGUUGCUUACAUAGCACAUCCAAAAGGGGGUCAUAUGACGUCAAUGGUGUAAUACACAUGUCGUCUUUUUAAACCUCCAGAUAGUCUAUGAAGAUAGCGUGACGUCAUACUCAGACGUUAAUUAUUGACGACACUUAAGAAAUGUGACGUUGCAUUUUUCUGUUGAGUUCUUAAAAUGGUCCAGAAAAUGGCCAUUGAACUGUGGCGCCAGGUGGUAAUAAAUAACAGCUCUGAGUAUUUGACUCUGUGUGGUAUGCUGGUUGAAAUAUGUUGUAGAUAUGACGUCACAUUGACUUUGACGUCGUAUUGACUUUGAUAUGUGGCAGAAUUGAGAGAUAUAUAGUGGCAAUUAGUAAAGAUAAAAUAAGCCUCAGAGCGUUGCCAAGAAAGACAUUUUUUCUGACCCAGUGUAAGUCCUAAUUAAAGUCAGAGAACUAUAGCUAAAUUGUUAAACACAGAUCAUCGGUUUAAGCACGUCCUUCGAUGAAGUGUUUUACGGGAAUGCCCGGACGGCAACGACGACAAGUUAAGGACUUGUAUCCAGGCUAACAUUAUUUUAACUUAAAACGUUAAAACCCCCCCAAAAUGGUCCUAUCUAACCAAAAUUGAUAUGAAAUAGGUGAGUGAAAACGAUUUGGCUUGCUAAACCAGAGAAGUGGUUUUCGGAUUGAUAUAUUUCACAUGGGACCGAAUUGCUGUAUCGGCUAAAUCUGGACCAUUUCACUGCGUUAAAUGUUGAAAUCGCAGGCGUCCAUUGGGGGUUGUUUGGUGAAGAAUGAGAAUACAGAAACAAACCUUGUGCAGUUUUAUGUCCAGUAAAAUUGCGAUUAAUCGCGGGUUGGUGGGUGGGUUUAUAAAAGGGCUGCAGACACUCAUAGGGUUAGGUGACAAGUUCUCGUUGUUUAAAAUGUUACACAAUUGAUCACUGUGAAUAUUGAAAAGAGGAACAUAUUGUACAUUAAUGUUACAGUAAAACAUCGGCUCGGUUUUGCGUAUUUGCAUUUGUGUUUUAAAAACUAAAGUGUAUGUUGAUUUACGCAUUAUUACGCAACUCUAGAGAGCAUUGUCCUAUCAGUGAAUGUGACUUGGUGCAGUUUAUAACACUACGCCUCUCAUUGUAAAGUUAUUUGUAUGUACAAGGUUUGUUCACAAAAAAUAGGACAUCCCUUAUCUUAAGUCGCUGGAGAAAAUAUUAUUUCUUGUAUUGUUUUGGUACAAUGUAUGAUUGAAAUAUUACAUAUUGUAGUCUCUCUCUCUCUUAAUUGCGCAGUAUGCAUGAAGGCACACGAUGAUACUCCGCACACCGAGGUUUUCCAUUGUUUUCUCUCAAUACUUAAGGGUAAAUUAUCAAUGCUGACAUGUACUGUUUUUAUACGGCUUGGGGAUAUAGAGUGACCCUGGAAAUUAGGUACAAACAUGUUAAAAGGUCACUGUAGUACUGAAGUGGGGAUUUCAUAGGGAAUGAGUCUUAAUAAACGCCAAUUCGUCACUAUGUACGGAGUAAUAUGUAGUCUAUAUUAUGUAAUUCAAAGAGUUUGUCAAUAAACUGUCUCUGGUGAGAA